AUGAUGAUAAGUAACACAAGUGAAGAUGGAAACGGUGGAGAAAACGAGGGUUGCCAUGAAAAUGUAGAAGAUAAGAGUGACCAAGAGAACAUGGAAUAUAAAAAACCAGACACGCACACAAAUUUUUGGAAAUCCUUCGGUCUUGGUACCAAGGCAGGGAAACUCCUUUACCACCUCUAUGGGGAGAAAAGCAAGAUAACCCCCGCCCUUAUAACCAAGAAGAAGGCUACUAAGGAUGACUCACAGAUGAGUGAACCUGUGGAGGUGGGGAGGAGGCGUCCCCAAGUCAGCUAUCCGGAAUUUAAAAAGCCAGCCCCGAAGGAACACCCAAUAGACACCAUACCGCAUAGAAAGCCCCUGGCCAAAAUCCUGGAAGACACAAAAAACUACGAGUGCAUCAAAGAUCUUCCUGCACGGAUUGAACAAAAUCGUAUUCUGGAAAAAAAAAAACUUAGCGAACUUUUCUUUGGUUACAAAUGUAAAGUUCUCCCUCCUAGUUGCUCUGCAGCUGUGUUAACGGACGAGGAAAAAAGGGAGGCAAUCCAGAGUGCAGAAAAAGCUUUUUCUGAUAUGAGGAAUUCCAGUUGCAAGGAAGACAACAUUAAGGAAAGCAUGAAGAUUUAUCAAGCCGAGUUGAUGACAGAACUCAGAGAAAAGGUAGAUCAGUACAAUCAGCUUGUCUCCAUUGGAGUGCCACACAAGGAGGGCGCCGCUCCGACAGACAAAGAGUGCAACGAAUAUGACUAUAAAAAAAUUCAGCUAGUCAACGAAAUUGAAGCUUGCAAAAGGAACAUUAAGAAGACAAACACUGUGUUGGAAUCAUCCAAAUGA